AUGCAAAAUCAUAUACAAGACAAAAAAAGCAUCCAUUUCUGCGAAAAGCCCAAGCCUGAAGACCUUUCAAAUUUAAAAUACAAAACUUUCAAAGAAUUAAUCGCAAAUGUUUCUCCGCUUAAAAAAAUCGACCUUUGCGAAUAUGAAACAUUUACAAGGAAGCAAGAAUUAGAUAUUGACUACUGGAAACAUAAUCAAAAUUUAAUAGAAACAGUGUCCAGCAUUGAUUCUCAAGAGCCCGUGAUUACUGAGGAAUGCUUAAACAACUGAGUAAAGCAAAGCUUAAAUUUGAAGUACAAGAGAUUGCCUCAAUGUAGACCAUUUUUAAUGGCACCAAAAAUUUAUAGCUUUUUGAAAGAGGUCGAAUGCAAGCGAUACGGAAGGCGUGCUAUUUUUAGAUCUGAAUCGGCAAGAAGGGUUAAGACUUUAGAAGAAAUCAAUAAAGAAUUUUAUCGGCCAAAAGUUUCAGUUAAAAAAUUAAAAGCUGUUCAUAUUGAAGGACAAAAAUAUGUAAGUCCAAUUAAUAACAGAAGAAAUACUGUGAUAGCAGAAUCAAUGACCUCGGCAUCAAUCUCUCCACUGAGAACAAUGAAAACUUCUGUUUCCACUAAAAAUAUGCAGUCAACCAAGUCCAAAGUCACUUUUUCAAGGUAUCCAAGCCAAGGUCGAUUAACAAGAUCUAGAGAAAGGAAUAAAGUUUUGGAAAAAUAG